GAGCCUGGUGGGGUUUGGACCCUGGGAACGCUCCCUGUCGGCUGGGGAACCAGGCGCCCCCUGGUGUGGAGUGACCCGGCUGUCGGGUUUCACUGGUGCUGCGUCAUUCGUCUUGUGGCCGGUAGGGUGCUGGCAAGGUCCGCCUGGUGUCGGCUAGAAAACCUCCAGUCAUCCUAUCACCUAACUCUGAUAAUUCAGGUGAUCUGCAAAAGAAGCUGGUGCCCUUUAUCACAAUAUUAAACUCCUACCUAGCUUACAUGUCGGAGAAGAUGAAAGAGGGAAGCUGGAUGGGAGCUGAUGGAGGUGUCGCCUGAACCACUGCCCCACAUCUACAAGUCUCUUGGGUGCCUGAAUAUUGGCUCUGCGUCUGAAGCUCCUGAAACUUUUCUCACUGCAUAUAUAUGUAUAUAGUACACAAGUGCUUAGCCCAAGCAUGAGAAUUAUUGGAAUCCUCUGAUAAGACAAAUUGGAACUGCAGUGGGAGCUCUGUGUAGGAAGAUGCAGCCUUUGAACAAGUUGACGGCUAUCUCAAAACCUCAAAACCUGGCUCCUCACGAACAAAGUGAGGUCCUGAGAGCAGAUGUGUCUUGGCAGCCGGAAUCCAUCCCAGUCGUGGAGACAGAUGACUGUGAAGCCUCUCGUCUAAAGUUUAGACAUUUCCAGUAUUUGGAAGUGUCUGGGCCUCAUGAAGCCCUGAGUCAACUCUGGGAGCUCUGUCUUCAGUGGCUGAGACCAGAAAUUCAUACAAAGAAGCAGAUCCUAGAGCUAUUGGUACUGGAACAAUUCCUGACAAUUCUCCCUGAAGAAGUCAGGACUUGGGUGAAUUUACAACAUCCAAAGAACAGCAAAGAAGUGGUGAGCCUGAUAGAGGAUGUGAUUGAUAUGCUUAAGGAUGAAGGUAUAACCUGCAAGGAUUCUGCCCUACUCCAGAAGGGGAACAUCAAGCAAGAAAAAAUGGAAGCUGACUCACUAACAGGCAAAUCCCAGGAGCCAGUGACAUUCAAAGAUGUGGUUGUGGAAUUCAGCGAGGAAGAGUGGGGGCAACUGGACCCUGCUGUAAAGAACCUGUACAGGGAUGUGAUGCUGGAGAACUAUAGGAACCUGAAUUCAUUGCAUAAAGAGCAUCUACUUUCCGAACCAGCUGAGACCUCCAGGUUGGAGAGUAAGGAAAAAAGUUGGAUAAUGGAGCAAGAAAUUCUAAGAACAACUGUUAUUGACAGAGAGAUAAUUUCAGAAAAUCAGGAUUUAGUUCCAAAGCAGAGAAUUUCUGGAGAAGAAUCAUCCCAUGCAGUGAUUAUGACAAGACUGACUGAAAAUGGACAUCCUCCUUUAGAUGCCUGGAAAAGUGAUGAUUGGUUAUAUAAGAACCAGGAACACUGGGACAUAAAUUUGCCACGAGAAGCUUUCGUUCAUAAUGCAGUCUACACUGAGGAGGGAGACUUUGAAUAUAGUGAAAAUAAGGAAAGUUUUGAUGUUAAGUCAGUUAACUCAACUUUUGACACACAACAGGGAGUUCCUAUGAGAAGGGGUUCCCCAAAGUGUGAUCAGCUUAAAACUAACAUCGAAUUUAAUUUAGACUCAGUAGGUAAGCAACAUUCAGAAUAUAACGGAAGUGGGAAUGCCUUGAACUUGAAUACAAAUACUCAGCACCCAAAAAGUCAUGCCACAGUGAAUUCCUAUGAAUGUUAUCAAUGUGGGAAGGCCUUCAGCCGCAGUUCGUCUCUUGUUCGACAUCAGAUCAUUCACACAGGAGAGAAACCCUAUAAAUGCAAUGAAUGUGGAAGAUUCUUCAACCGACGUACAAACCUUACUAAGCAUCAAAAAAUUCACACUGAAGCAAAGGCCUCCGAAGGCAAUAAAUAUGUAAAACUCCUCAGUCAGCCUGAAGACAGUAAUAAAAAUCCAAGAUUCUGUUCUGCAAAUAAUCCCUAUGAAUGUGUUAACUGUGGAAAAUCCUUCACCCGGAGCUCCUCACUUAUUCGACAUCAAGUGAUUCAUACAGGAGAGAAACCAUUCAAAUGUAAGGAAUGUGAGAAAACUUUCAACAGGAGUUCAAACCUGAUUAAACACCAAAAACUUCAUACUUGAGAGAAGUCCUAUGACAGGAAGAAUGUGGGAUUAUCUUCAGUCAGAACUCAUUCAAAGUCCAUGAAUUUAUUCUGGAAGGAAUCCUGUGAAUAUAGUAAAUGAAAGAAAAUGUUUGUUGGAGAUUAUUCUUUAAUUGAUAUGACUGAAUUAAUAUGGAGAUAAAUCUGUUAUUGGAUAGAAAUCUGAGGGAGCUUUUCCAGGCUUCAGAUGAAGUCAUAAGGGUUCAGAGUUAAACAUAUCCACAUGAUAGUGUUUGUCUGUCAUUAUUCCGAUAUCCAUUGCCAUCAUCUUUCCCUAGUUCAUAAAUGGAACCUAUGGAAUACUUAUAUUCACCUGAUCUCUUGAUGAAGUAGAUAUUAGGGAGGAGCCAAGCAAUACCCUUGGAAUUGACAUCUAAUAAAACUCAAACUUUCAGUCCUUAUAAGAAGGUCACAAGAAACCAGGAACUCACAAGAAUAUAUCCAUAGAAAGACACUUCUAAGGACUGACUCUGAAUUAAUGGCGAAGACCACAGGGACAGCCAAUUACUUCACACCUAGUAAUAUCCUUAGGUGUCCUCGUGUGGAGUGGGGACUGGAACUGGAAGAGGGUUUUCAACUGCAGUGGUGGGUGGAUGUGUUGUUAAUCUACAUGUAUUCUCAAUAUCUGCAUCUGUUGAAGUACUGUUUGGGAUCUAGGCUUGAGAGACAUCCAUAGCCUUGGGCUGUCAUUUAUCCCAAACAUUAAAAGGUGAACAGAGUGUCCUAAUACUCUGUGUACCAGAACUGCCUCUUUUUUCUGUAAGCUACAUCAGGAUCUCAAGGGUUCUUGAGACAAGAUGUUUAUCUUAAU